AUGCGCGCUUCUCCGUCCAGGCACAACCCCCUGACGGCAGCAAGACCUUGUGCCGUUUCCGAAGCUGUAAGAGGCUUGUUACGUUACGGCUCUGGGCGCCUGUGUUCGACUAGAUCGGAAGUUCAACAUGGCCAGAGGUGCCGGCCAGCAUGCGAAUCAGGUGGUGCGACUUCACUUGAGGAGAAAGCCUCGGCAGCUACAACUUGGCAUUCACAUGAACUUGGCUCGACACAGAACCACUCGUCGUUUGCUUGCGCCUUAUCUACACGAACGGCGAACAUCGAUCCUCACGGUACAUGCGGAACGUCAGAAGCGAACCAGCUAAACAAGCUUUCCUGGCGUUCCUGUGAACAAGACUGA